AUGGACGUUAAAAUGACGAGGCACACUUCCACAGACCUGGAGCAGAUCAACGACAAGAUAAAACGACUCUUGCGAGAUCCAGGCGACGCAUUCGACCAAGCAUCAGUCGAUGUAGACUCGAUGACCGUUCCUGAACUGAAGGCAUUUGCGGAGCAGGGUGGUCUAGGAGCUUGUGUAUCAAAGGCAGAUGUCCUUGCCGAGACAGGUGAAGAUUUAAUGUAUCUAUCAGGCGAGCGUAUUGUCGUUCUCAAGCAUGUGCAGAAUGACAUGUACUUGGGUUACUGUGAAGGCGUCAUUGGCAAGUUUAAUGCAGAGAACGUGCACUUUGUGGAACUCGACCCACGUGUACUCGAAUCACUUGAUGCCGAACUCGAUUUCAUUGAUGGUGAAAGUUAUCGCCUCUCAAGUCAUGCACGCGACUCUCUACAAUCUUAUACGUCUACAUCCGAGCAAUAUUCCUCCUCAAUCCAUGAGCAUCACUCGUUAAAGAAUGGUCAAUGGCCGAUCGCUGCUCGAUCCAGUAUUGAAAGUCUUGUCACAACCUCAUCGACACCAUCCAUGCCAAAUAUCCGCCAUCGUAUGGAAGAUUCUGACUUUUAUGGAAAAUCCAUGCUACCAACAAAGCCUCCUAUGGUGCAAACUUUUGAUGGCACAGAGAACUUUGAUACUUCAGCUUUCAAUGAUGAUUACUCGGCUGAAUCAGAUGAUGAUCUUUCUCCUCCUCAUCCUCCAGUACCAUCAGCACAGCAAACUAUGGCACCUACACCAACAAGAACGGGUAGCACCAUGUUCAAAUCAACAGCCACUCGUGGAUCACGACCAGCACCUACAAACGAUAGUCGUAUUACAACCAAAGAUGAGGAUGAUGCAAUGCAUGAUGGGGAUGACGAGGAUGAAACACAUGGCAGCAAGCGAGAAACUAAGGCAGCAACCUCUUCCGAUAUACCUGUGGAUGAAUACGGCUUUAUUAUCCAUCCUGAUCGAUCCAAGCUGGGUAGUGGUUCAGCAUUGCAAAGAGCUGAUUCAUCAGUCAAGUCAAUGAAGGAAUAUCGUGAGCAAGAGAUCAAGUGGAUCAACACAGUGGGAAAAAUGGACGCUGGUACUGUCAAGAAGGAUGCCAAAUUCAAAAAGUUGGUUCGAUCAGGAAUCCCGGCAUCCGUUCGUGCUCGUGUUUGGCAAUUCCUAGCAGAUAGCCAAAGAUACGCCAAGAAGGGGACAUACGAGAGUCUUUGCAGAAAACCAAGGACCAAGAUUUAUGAUGUGAUCGAUCGUGAUAUUGCUCGUUGUUAUCCAGACCAUAGCCAAUUCCGAGAUGAAAACAGCCAAGGACAGCGUGAUCUUCGAGAGAUAUUGAGAGCCUAUUCACAUUAUAACACGGAGCUGGAGUAUUGUCAAGGAAUGGGACGAUUAGCCGGAUGUAUGUUGAUGCAUAUGCCAGCCGAGGAAGCGUUUUGGCUUUUGGUUGCAACCAUCGAUCGUUUCAUGAACGGCUAUUUUACCCCAACCUUAUCACAAGUUCGAAUCGAUGCGUACAUCAUUGGUGAAUUGCUCAAGGACCACCAGCCAAAAUUGGCUCAUCAUCUGGAAAGCAAUGAGGUGCAACCCAUCAUGUAUAUCGCACAGUGGUUCAUGACAGCUUUCACAAUGACAUUACCGUGGAACUCGGUGCUUCGAGUAUGGGAUGUAUUUUACUUUGAAGGUGUCAAGGUUUUCUAUCGGAUAAGUCUUGCUAUAUUGGAGAUUGUCAAAGAUCACAUCCUUACAUCUUGUCCAACCAACUCAGAAAUCCUCUCUUUCCUCCUGCAUAUUCCUCACAACUACCUCACACCAGAUACAUUAUUGGAUGUGGCAUUCCGUAUCAAGCUCUCCAAAACAGAUAUCAAACGACAUGCUAAAAAGGCUAGCAGCAGCACAACUGAUGCGAUGGGAUUGCCGGUAGAACAUGGCCUAAAGAAUCUCAUGGCAGGUUCACCAAGCACAGCUGGAUCUCUUGGUGGUAGUUUCAAAGGUCUCGGUGGCAAAAUCAUCAAAAAGAACUCAACAUUAAACAUGAACAAAGAAUACGAUUCAUAA